AUGGCGGGGUUAAGUCAGGGAAGGUCAUAUCGUAGGCAAUUGUUUGAUGAGAUAUUUGAUUUUAGUGAAGAUGAUAGUUUGUUCACUGAAGAUGUGGAGGAAGAUGAAUCAGCUGGUGAUCAAGAUAUGAACGAAGGAGGCAUUAGAGCAGUAGCAAACACUAAUGCUAUUGAAGAAGGUCCUCUAACAGGGAUGUUAUUUCCUUGUAUCAGCACUAUGUUCAACUUCUAUAAAGAACAUGCUAGAUUGAAAGGUUUUAGUGUUUUCAAAAGAUCAGCAGUUAAUGUACGGGGUGGAUCUCGCAAAUAUCAAACAAUUGGUUGCGAUAAAGGAAGGAAAGCAAUUGGUGCGAAAUCAUCAAAAAGGAUAAAUUGUCCUACAAAGAUUAAUGCAAUCCUAAGAGAAAAUGGAAUGUGGCAGAUUUCAAAAGUUAUUUCAAGUCACAAUCACGAAUUGGAACCUUCUAUGUCUAGAUUGAUGGUUGCUCACAGGUCACUGAAUAUGGAUAUGAAGAGGAGAUUGGAGGCCAACGAUAUAGCUGGCAUAAGACCCGCAAAAAGCAUUAGGUUGCUUGAAGUUCAAGCAUGUGGACCAGAAAAUUUAAGCUGUUUGUCAAAGGAUUGUCGAAACUUCAUUGAGCGAAAGAGGAGGCUACGACUUGGUGAUGGUGAUGCUGAGGCUAUACGUAAGUUGUUUGUGAGAAUGCAACGAAACGAUCCUGAGUUUUUCUAUUCAUUUGAUCUUGAUGAUGAUUCCAGGCUUUCAAAUGUUCUAUGGGUUCAUCCUCGUAGUUGA